AAUGUGAUGAUGAUGAUGAUGAAGGCAGUAGACGCGACAGUAAAAUGGGUCACGGCCCCUUUAAGACGCACUGCAGGAGGAAACAGGAAGUUCUGAGCAUUAAACACAAAGAAAACAAACCCGGGAGAAACUGGGGACAUGGCGGGUAUUAAAGCUCUGGUCAGUUUGUCCUUCAGCGGUGCCCUUGGGUUGACUUUUCUGCUUCUGGGCUGUGCAUUGGAGCAGUUUGGAGUGUACUGGCCUCUGUUCGUGCUGAUCUUCUACGUGAUCUCGCCGUUGCCGAACCUCAUCGCCACCAGGUUGGGAGACGACACCGACUCCUCCAGCAACACGUGCAGGGAACUCGCGCAUUUCCUCACCACGGGGAUUGUGAUCUCGGCUUUCGGCCUGCCUGUCAUCCUGGCACGCAAGGACGUGAUCAAAUGGGGAGCCUGUGGCCUGGUGAUGGCAGGGAACGGCGUGAUCUUCCUCACCAUCCUGGGGUUCUUCCUGGUGUUCGGCCGCGGCGAUGACUUCACUUGGGAGCAGUGGUAAAGCCAUGACCAGGGACCGGGUUGCCAGAUUGAGUGGGAAUCCAAUGAUCUGCUUUUGUAGAGGAGAGGGAAGUGGGUGCAAUACGGGGAAGAUUAAGGCUGAGCUUCAGUAGAGAUAUGAACGGCGGUGGUGUUGAAGGACGGAGAAGAAAGAAGGGGCUUCAGUGUCUCUCGGUUGUUUCAGUUUGACUGCAUUACUGGUGUAAAUUCCUAAACUCAUUUCUAUGCUAAACUUAUAAUCAACAUUAUUUUUUAAUCAUCGCUUCAUUGUUUCUGUUCUUGUAUUUUUAUUAUUUUUUUUUAUAAAAAAUAAAUAGCUAUAAUCACACGAAUAAAAAUCACUAAAAUCAGCUAGAACAUUCCAGAUAAAAUCAUCAUCAAACCUCAAAACUUAUAGAAAUGGGUGCAUAAAAAACUCCCAGACGUGAAGCAUAAAGGAUCUCUGUGUGGAGACAAAGCUCACGUCAAUAUGUUGAAUAUGUUGAAAGGAAAAAAAAAAAAUCUGAACCCCUCACUGGCCUUUGGCUAUAAAGAGCUCUUUUGUGACCUAUAAUACAAUGUGGCGUGACGAAGCUUCUCAUUUAGGAUUAUUGUUAAUAAUCCUUUCAUACGUCCUCCUUCUGAGCGAAUGGAUGCGUCUGCCGCAGUGUUUCAUCCUCACGCAGCUUUCAGUAAUCAAAUAAAUGCUUCUCAUUAGUAUUAUUCUAAAAUCUCGUAAAUGAUCAACUUCACACACUGGAUUUAUAUUACACAUACUUCCAAAGUGCAAGCCUUCCUCCAUCAUCAUCAUCAUUAUCAUCAUCAUGAAGAGUAUUGGAGGGAAAGCCAUAGCAAAUUAUACAUGUAUUGAAAUAUAUCAGGUGUCCCAGGUUUAGUUUGUGUUUUGGAAUAUAAACGUCUAAAGUAUAUGAAGACUCGUCUCUGGGUGUUGAAUAUUACACUGACAUCAUCUCUUUUAUCUCCACUGGUUUCAUAACACAGCUUAAUCACAGUGCAGUUAUUAUAUCUCUACUUAUUUACUACAUUAUGGGGUGUGUGUGUGUGUGUGUGUGUGUGUGUGUGUAAGGCAAUAAAGAACUUGUUAAAUUUC